AGUCAAAUUAUUACCUUCAGGGGAUACCCUAGUGAGGAGUAUGAAGUGACAACAGAAGAUGGGUAUAUCCUUUCUGUUAAUAGAAUUCCUUAUGGAAGAAAAAGCCGUGAGAGGAGCAAAGGUCCAAGGCCUGCUGUGUUUCUGCAGCAUGGUUUGCUUGCAGAUGCCAGCAAUUGGAUUACAAACUUGGAUUACAACAGCCUUGGCUUUAUGCUGGCAGAUGCUGGCUAUGAUGUGUGGCUGGGAAACAGCAGAGGGAACACCUGGUCCAGGAAACAUACACACUUCACAGUGAAGCAAGAAGAAUUCUGGGUUUUCAGCUUUGAUGAAAUGGCUAAGUAUGACAUUCCAGCCUCAGUGGACUUCAUUUUGAAGAAAACUGGCCAGGAGCAAGUAUUUUAUGUUGGCCAUUCACAGGGCACCACAAUGGCUUUCAUUGCUUUUUCAACUUUGCCACAGCUGUCUGAGAAAAUCAAAAUGUUCUUUGCCUUGGCACCUGUAGCUACAGUCAAGUUUGCCACUAGCCCUCUGACAAAAUUGGGAGUGUUUCCUGACCUGCUACUCCAGGACGUGUUUGGAAAGAAACAAUUCCUCCCUCAGAGUUCUUUGCUGAAGUGGCUUGCUACCCAUGUUUGCACCCACAGAAUACUUGAUGACCUUUGCGGCAACGUAUUCUUUCUUCUGUGCGGUUUUAAUGAGAGAAACUUGAAUAUGAGCCGAGUGGAUGUGUAUUCAACACACUGCCCUGCAGGGACAUCUGUACAAAACAUGAUCCACUGGAGCCAGGCUGUGAAGACUGGGGAACUUAAAGCUUAUGACUGGGGAAGCAAGGCUGCAAAUAUGGCUCACUACAACCAGUCUACACCCCCUUUCUACAAAAUAAAAGAGAUGACAGUACCAACUGCGGUGUGGACUGGCGGACAGGACUGGCUGGCAGACCCAAAGGAUGUUGCUAUGCUGCUCACUCAGAUCACAAACUUGGUUUACCACAAGGACAUUCCAGAAUGGGAACAUUUGGAUUUCAUCUGGGGCCUUGAUGCACCUUACCGCAUGUAUAAUGAAAUAAUUAACAUGAUUAGGAAGUAUGUCUAAACCAGCAUGGUAUUUCAGAGUAUUAGUUCACCAGGAAUUUGUCUUUUUGAAACAUAUGCUCUUCUGGCAAUAAUGCUACAUUGUUUGUUCAUGGUGCAUUUUAAAAAUGCUAGCAAUGACUGCUGAAUUGGAUUCACAUUUGGCUUGUUUUUCUCAGUAUUAUUUUUCUCCCCUGCAAAAAUGCUCAUUCUGUCCUGCUGAUUUUGCACACAGUGGCAUGGUAGUCAGAAAACAGUAGU